AUGCAUUGGCAGGUGUUAAACAGCGCGGGAGUAGGAAGGACCAAGACCAAGCUGGGCUUUGAUGAGCCUGAGAUCGGUAGUAUCGAGGCCUUUGAGAAGCUUUGGUGCCCAGAAGCAGAUGCUGUGAAGGCCUUCCUGGUACAGAUCAUGUGCGGAGUUCGAAGAUGGCUGAGCAUUGCCCAUCCCCACACGAUGCCUUCCGAUCGCAAGCAAGUUGUCGUACUCUAUGCAGAGAUGAAGUUGCAGAAAUCUAUAGACUUACCAGGUAGCUCAACUGUUGCCAGAGCCAAGGAGGAGGGGAUGAUGGCAAUCAGGGAUCACUUGAAUAUCCUUCCCGGUGUGCCGCAUGUCUCCCUAGACCCCGAUUGUACCGAUUUUUACCCAGCUCCAAAGGACGAUAAUACCAUCAUGCGCAGUCUAGAGGGUAAUCUGACGAUGGUUGUGUACCCAGAACCUCCUAAAGGACAGUGCUUGACACCCUCGCCCUUCGUCGAUGCUCUUCAAUCUGCUAUCCAUGAUGUACGAAACUUCAAGGCUCAGAAAAAUGCUGCAUCGUUGAUUAGAGAGGAGAGCCCUAAGUGUAAUGUCAAACCAGUUGGCAUUGACACCCUUCUUCGUAGAUUUGAGGCAAUGGAGAAAAGGUUUGAGUGUGACAUAGCUGAGCUGAAAUGGGACAAUGCCGAGCUGAAGCAGGAUAAUGCCGAGCUAAAGCGGGACAACGCUGAGCUAAAGCGGGACAAUGCCGAACUGAGUGAUAGAAUCGAUGAAACUAUUAGAGCUGUUUUGGGUGAUAAAGUCGCAAUCAAUAAGAUCCGCCGGCGGGUACUCCUUGACAUGGGUCGUGAUCAGCUGGCAGUCAUAUGCGGGCACAAGAACUGGAGAGAGUGGAAAGAGAUGAAGGCCACAUCAACCGAAGGAGAUGAUUUCGCUGUCCGCACCGUGAUGAUGACCGAAGCGGAGAUGAUACUUCGGGAUUCAAAUGACCUGUCAGAAUAUUGGAAGGCUGUUGGGCAGGAUCAUUCGACUCUACGGCUGCUCAUUCAUCGUAACCACAUCCGGAUUUACGCAGAUAUUGCAGUGCACUCUUCUAUGGAGAAGAAUAUUGCGGAGAGUGUUCUGGCUCUGGCCGCUCCAGGCGACAGGACUCAUAUGACUACUAUAUUCUGCGCAGUUUUCGAUAAAGAACUAUGA